CCUCCGGGGAAGGCGAAGAAGGAACUCUGCAAGAGCAGCGCCGGAACACAGCGCCAGACUCCGAAAGUAUUAACAUUGUUUAGCCGUUAGGGCGGUUGGCGGCAACUCGGCGGCCGGCGGCAGUUGCGUCGUACCCCGAAGCGUGCCUGGGCGCACGCUCCUCCUCGGUUCCUCCACUCACAGUGCUGGAGAGGCGCGGGGAGAAAGUCGCGGCGGGUGUUGGAACUACAACUCCCGCAAGGCCUUGCGCGUCCAGGGCGCUUUACAAUAGCAGCUCGGUUGGCGAGGUCUGCGGAGAGGGGUCGGAACUGCCGUUUCCGGCAUGUUCAGCUCUACGAGAAGGACGGAGCGGUGGAGGGCGGGGGAGAGACUCCAAUGCCCAGCGGGCCCUGCGCGGGUGGCGCUUGCGCGAAUCGCGGACGGGGGGGCGGUCGGGCCAUUUAAAUGUGUGUUUGUGGGUGAAAUGGCUGCGCAGGUCGGAGCGGUUCGCGUAGUACGGGCGGUGGCGGCGCAGGAGGAGACGGACAAAGAAGGGAAGGAGAAACCCCAUGUUGGGGUCUCGCAGCGGGGAGUGAAGCGGCAGCGCCGGGCGAGCAGCGGGGGUUCUCAGGAGAAGCGGGGGCGGCCGAGCCAGGACCCCCCUCUCGCUCCCCCUCAUCGGCGGCGUCGCAGCCGCCAACAUCCCGGGCCGCUGCCUGCAACGAAUGCCGCCCCAACCGUCCCGGGCCCUGUUGAGCCUCUGCUCCUGCCGCCUCCGCCGCCACCGUCGCUGGCGCCCGCCGGGCCCGCCGUCGCUGCCCCGCUCCCGGCUCCGGGCACCUCGGCCCUCUUCACCUUCUCGCCCCUGACGGUGAGCGCGGCCGGGCCCAAGCAUAAGGGCCACAAGGAGCGGCACAAGCACCAUCACCACCGCGGCUCCGAUGGUGAUCCCGGCGCCUGCGUUCCGGGCGAUCUCAAGCACAAGGACAAGCAGGAAAACGGUGAGAGGAGCGGAGGGGUGCCUCUGAUCAAGGCCCCUAAGAGAGAAACAGCAGAUGAAAAUGGUAAAACCCAGAGAGCUGAUGAUUUUGUCUUGAAGAAAAUAAAGAAGAAAAAGAAAAAGAAACAUCGAGAAGACAUGCGAGGAAGGCGCCUUAAAAUGUACAAUAAGGAAGUGCAAACCGUCUGUGCCGGCUUGACCCGUAUCAGCAGAGAGAGUCUCCCCCAAGGACAGCUAAAUAGCACUUCAGGACUUAAUAAGGAGUCUUUCAGGUAUCUGAAGGAUGAACAGCUGUGCAGAUUAAAUUUGGGCAUGCAAGAAUAUCGGGUGCCCCAGGGAGUACAGACACCUUUUACAACGCACCAGGAACAUUCUAUUCGCAGAAAUUUCUUAAAAACAGGUACUAAAUUUAGCAACUUUAUUCAUGAAGAACACCAGUCCAAUGGUGGUGCUCUUGUCCUUCAUGCAUACAUGGACGAACUCUCAUUUUUGUCUCCAAUGGAGAUGGAGAGAUUUUCUGAGGAGUUUCUUGCUUUGACAUUCAGUGAAAAUGAGAAAAAUGCUGCCUACUAUGCUUUAGCAAUAGUGCAUGGAGCGGCUGCUUAUCUCCCAGACUUCUUGGACUACUUUGCUUUUAAUUUUCCCAACACUCCAGUGAAAAUGGAAAUUUUGGGCAAGAAAGAUAUUGAAACAACCACCAUUUCAAAUUUUCACACUCAGGUCAACAGGACAUAUUGCUGUGGUACCUACCGAGCAGGUCCUAUGCGGCAGAUAAGUCUUGUUGGAGCAGUAGAUGAAGAAGUUGGUGAUUAUUUUCCAGAGUUCCUUGAUAUGUUAGAAGAAUCACCAUUUCUGAAAAUGACUUUGCCCUGGGGUACACUUUCCAGCCUCCAACUACAGUGUAGGUCUCAGAGCGACGAUGGGCCUAUAAUGUGGGUAAGGCCGGGAGAACAGAUGAUCCCUACAGCAGAUAUGCCAAAGUCGCCCUUCAAAAGACGACGAUCAAUGAAUGAAAUUAAGAAUCUCCAGUACCUACCUCGGACAAGUGAACCCCGAGAAGUCCUCUUUGAAGACAGGACAAGAGCUCAUGCUGAUCAUGUAGGUCAGGGGUUUGACUGGCAGAGUACGGCUGCUGUUGGGGUUUUGAAGGCUGUACAGUUCGGUGAAUGGAGUGACCAGCCUCGCAUAACCAAAGAUGUGAUUUGUUUUCAUGCUGAGGACUUUACUGAUGUUGUACAGAGACUUCAGUUAGACCUUCAUGAACCUCCAGUUUCCCAGUGUGUACAGUGGGUGGAUGAAGCGAAACUAAACCAAAUGAGGAGAGAAGGCAUUCGCUAUGCUAGAAUUCAGCUUUGCGACAAUGAUAUCUACUUCAUCCCUAGAAAUGUCAUUCAUCAGUUCAAAACAGUGUCAGCAGUUUGCAGCUUAGCCUGGCAUAUAAGGCUUAAACAGUACCACCCUGUUGUGGAAGCCCCUCAAAACACAGAAAACAAUUCCAACGUGGACUGUGGUUUAGAAGUUGACUCCCAGUGUGUGAGAGUAAAAACUGAAUCUGAGGAAACAUGCACAGAGAUGCAGCUUUUGACAACUGCUUCCUCAUCUUUCCCACCGCCAUCAGAACUUCAUCUACAGGAUCUGAAGACUCAGCCUAUUCCAGUUUUCAAGGUGGAGAGUAGACUGGACUCUGACCAGCAACACGGUCUGCAGGAACAUCCAAGCACUCCUGUGUGAUAUAUCCGAUUUCCCCAUCUCCCACUUGCCAUCCAGCAGAUGCCAUCUGUCAUCUAAGCUGGUCAUUACUAAUAAACAAGGAGACUGUCUCCUGACAGCCAGCACUGUGUGUAAUCACUCAGGAACCAGCGGAUCUGCAAAGACCUACAAUCAAACGCAAAUCUCCGUUUUCCUUUUCCAAAACAUUCUACCCUCACCUCCAGUAUAAACAUAUUAAAAAAUAUAAAAAUGUUGAAAAUCAUGUACUAAUGAAGUUACUGUAUAUUAGAUUGCAAUAGAAUGGAAAGAAACAUUUAGCUAGUAAUGUAUCUGGAAACCCUGAAUGUCCUAUGUGAGUAUUAGAUUUUGAUAGCAUGCUUUAAAGACUGAUGAAUAUAAAAGCAGGGGCUUUGAGUUUCUUGCUGCUUUCAAAACUGUGUCCUAGUUGAGCGAUACAAAUGAUUGCAACUUUUCUAAAUCAUUCAACUAUUUGGUUGGUGGAGUGAGGCGUGGAGCGGUCUGGCGUCCUCUGAUUUGUGAAGUAGCGGUGGCAGUGAGGCUGUACCUGAAAUUGAAGCUGACCUUCCUUUCUGGUAUGUUUUCUGUUGUGCCAACCUUUGAGAGUACUUGCAGAAUGUGGCUAUAAAUUUUAGUGCUUUGUGGACCAGAGGGAUAUUUUAAAAACAUGCUUAUGGAAAGGACCUAAUAAACAAAUACUCCUAACAGCAAAUAGAAUGGUUUUAUGGUAACCAUGAAAAAGGAUAAAAGUCUUCCCCUGCCCCAGAGGUCAUUCUGUAAUUAUCAAGAUAGGACAGGAAUCAGGGUUAUGAUUCUGAGAAAUGUCCCAAAUUCAUAAAGCAAUAAUAAUAACCUCCAUAUUGGUUCCCUCUUCCAAAGUUUAACUCUUGAAAAAUGAAUUCUUAGGCUUAAUUGUACUUUGCUUAUUCAGUACUUACAAGUUUUACUGGUACAUUAUUUUUAAAGACUUGUGGAAAGUGCCCAGUCCCCUUAGAAACAGUUGAACUAUCAGUUCACUAGUAUUCCAAGCUCUUAUAUGGGGAAAGGAGCUUAUUAAACCAUUUGCUAAACUUUAGGAAAAGAUGUAUCAGUCUUAACAGGCAUAAAGAUCUCACCUAAUGACUUGAGAAACUUUUGCUUAUUGCUUUUCCCUGUAUAAAUAUUGUCUAGAAGGAAAGUUAAUAUAGGAACAAGACUCCAAAAUCCAUGAGACUAUGAAUAUAUCCUUUAUCAUUAAUAUUAGCCCAUUAUAUUUUCAUCUGUAUUUGCCUUUUAAAAUUUAUUUGCAUUUAUUGAAGAUAAUUAGGAUUACUGAGUUUGUGUCUUUCUAAUCAGUCAGUUUCAUCCUUUCAGUAGCAUACCAGAGGUUCACAUUUGUGCUAAGUUUCAUGUUUUCAAAACAGUCUGUAGCUGUAUUCACUGGUCAUGCAAGUAGAGGAGAUGCACAACACCAGUGUUUUUCUUAAGUGUACAAAGGACUUAUCCUCAUCCUGGAAGUCUAUUGCUUUAAAAGCAAGUAUCCAUAAAUAUUAUGGCCUUCCAUUUUAAAAAUCUUCAUAAAUUUUUUAGGAUCCACUUGUGCAUGUAGUUGAGACCACCGUCUCUUAAAAUAUAGCACUUUUCAAUUCUCAAGAAAUACUUAUGUACUACUUCUAUCACAUGCUGUAAAUUUUCAUGUAAUAGUGUUUUCUGUGACUAAACUUCAUUUUGAUUGGCAGCUAAGACUUUUUUUUUCCCCCUGUGGCUUUAAUUUAUCUAAGAGGUCUUUGCAUAUAGAUGAAAUGUAUAAUUUGCCUGGCGGACUAUUUUCGUUUGUGUGGCCUUAGUUUGUUCAUUGACAUUAACAAGUGUUUUAAAAAGUUUUUAAUGAAUAGUCUUAAAUCUAAAUUUGUGUGAAUAAUAAUUCUUUUAACACAGUGCUUUUUUGUAGCUGUCUAAGUGUGUUAAAUUGUUAAGCUAUUUCUUUGUAAAAUAGGACAAUGGAAUGCAUAGUUUUUUUUUCUUGUAAAGUAUUUUUUUAAUAAACAAAGUCUGAUUUGUCCUUA